AUGUCUUCCAGAGUUACACGCUCCUCUGCGCGCAACGCAGCGAGUCAAGGAGCAUUGCAGGGAGACCUUAACUCUCCCCAAGCUUCUGUUGGACAUUCGCCUGCAACCGCCGGAAAUAACACAAAUACGAACCAAUCCGCUCAAUCUUCAUCGAGACCGACAUCCUCGCGAAAGAGAAAGCCAACAUCGGGUGAGAAUAGCUCGCCGACCCAACCUACACCGAGCGAGCCAGCUGUAUCAGCUCGUCGAUCUAAGAGGCAGAAAGUUUCAGAGCAAGCCCCACAACCUCCGGCUGUACCUACACCUGUUCCUGCUGCUACACGUAAGCGGAAAGGAAAGAAUACGGCUUCUAUGUCUAGUCCAGCAGGUUCUGACCCACCCCCACCCGCCAGGAUGCAGGACUCUACCAAUUUAACUUCAGCCUCAUCAAGCCGCAAGUCGAGUCGCAACAAGAAGAAUAGCCAGGUAGCUCAAGAAUCUCCUGCGACAGGUGCUUCUAGCUCUACGCGCCGCUCGAAGCGAACAUCUAGCAACCAUCCACCUCCUCCUGACCAAGAUACUACUAUGACGGGUACUAAGGAUCAUGAGGAAGAGGAGGAAGCGCCCCCCCCCGCCGCCACCUCCGCCCGCGCAUGA